AUCCGCGCUAACAAAAUGGCGGCGGGCGGCGGGGUCCGGCGGGGCGGGGGCCUGCCCAGGGUGCGGAGACCGCCCGGCGGCCCCAUGCCGCCCGCCGCCACGGAGACCGGCGUGCUGAGCGGCGACCUGCUGCCUAGGGAGCAGGAGUACAAGUGGCUGAAUGCAGAAUUAGAAGCAAAAACAGAAAAACUGGUGCGUCAGGCUGAAGAAGUAAUGAAAGGCCAACAGGAGAUACUGUCUAGACCAGUGUCAGUACAGACUGAGUCAUCUGAAGAAGACAAACAGAGAGACCCACUCUGUCCUCAAGUUGCUUCUCUUACACAUUCACACACUAAGCCAGCAAACAAGAAGAAAUGUGCUUCCAUGCCGAUGGCUCAGAACAGACCAUACUCUGGAAGUAAGGGGAAAAGAACAACUUCAAGUUCAAAAACAAGAAACCUGGAAGUACGAAGUGUUGAUGCUGCUGCAGCACUGGGGGAUUGCACAGAUUUUUCUUUAGCAAAAACAAUAAGCAAAAUAGAGGAAAAACUAGAGAAAGGAGUCUUACCAGAUUGUGUAGAUGAUGAUGCUAUUCCAAGUGCUGGAAAUGAAAUUGGAGCAGAAGCUCAAGUAAGAUUUCUCAAGGCAAAGUUACGUGUUACGCAAGAAGAGCUGGCUAGUGUAGUACGUGAAUGCAGGAAAAAGGAUGACGAAAAUCGGAAUUUAAAGUCUCGGCUUAAAGAAACUGAAGGAGAAAUUGCCCGACUGCAACGAACCAUCAGCGUGCAAUGUUCUCAGAGCGAGAAGUAUAAAGCGUUGUCACAAGAAGCAAGCAGAAAAAGUCAAGGGUUACAACAAGAAGUCGCUGCGCUAGAAAAGGAAUUGGAGAAUCUAAAGUGUGUACAAAAGCAGGCCACAAGCAGUCAGAGUGCAACAGAGGUUCGCUUAAACAGGGCCCUUGAAGAAGCAGAGAAGUAUAAAGUGGAGCUGAGUAAACUGAAGCAAAGUAACAAGGAUGCAACUAACCAAGAACUCAAAAUAAUUGAAGAAUUAAAAGCAGAGAAAAAGAAACUGCAGAAGCAAAAAGAAGAGCUAAUGAUGGGUUUUAAAAAGCAGUUAAAGUUAAUUGAUAUCUUAAAGAGGCAAAAGAUGCACAUUGAAGCUGCUAAAAUGCUUUCUUUUACUGAAGAGGAAUUCAUGAAAGCUCUUGAGUGGGGAAAUCAUUGAUUCCAUAAAAACACAACUUCUGUUUGAAAUACAAGUUGGAUGGUACAGUAUUUUGGCACCAUAUAGGAAUGCUUGUUAAUUAUUACUACCUGUAUAUCCCAGUGAAUUGAUUUUGUUGAUUUUGCUUACAUUUAAAUUGUUUAAUUCCUGUUAGACUGAGAGCUUGUGUUGUAUUAUCACAUGAAAUACAAACCUCUACUCUCCAUUCUGUAAUGAGUGGAAAAGCACAGACUGCACAAGGAAUAUUCCAAUAUGUGAACUUUGUUAUCAGUUUGCUCUGUUUUAACAUUUUAAACUGUACCUUACCUGAGGUAAUAUUCUGUCCAAAGAAAUCAGGGUUUAGUCUCAGAAAAUUCCUUGUUGGAACAGAAAUACAUUACCCAGUGAUCCA